UGUAGUUCGUUUAAUAAUGGUGUAGACACCAAGGCAAUUAAUUUCAAUAACAAGUGGGGAAGUACGUGGACGGUCAACCCUAUUCACAGCAUUUCCAAAGUUUUCGAAAGAAGGUGUACCUCAUGAAUGAACAUGAUGGCAGACAGAUACGCUUCAGAUUUGGCCCUUGUUGUCGUUGCGCAGAUAACGCAAACUAUUGGUUACAGCUGCAGUCUGAGUGCACCCUUGGAGUUGUUGCAAGACAUAUUGCAGAAGUUUGUACAGGAGUUCGCUCGAGACAUGCAUGGACAUAUGGAGCACGCAAAUCGGAUCGAGCCGAACCUUAAGGAUGCACGCCUAAGUAUACAAAAUCUCAGCAUAAAUGUUCAAGAACUAUUGGACUACAUAGGUAAUGUCGAGCCUGUUGGAUUCAUCCGGGAUGUACCGCAGUUUCCCAUCGGAAAAACUCUAAAUAUGAACUUCCUUAAGCCUGGAAGCGCUGAAACUCUAACACGACCUGUCUACAUAUUUGAAUACUUGCCACCAAUGCAGGACCCUGAACUGCGUGAAAUGCCAGCCGAUGUUCAAAAGGAAUUUUCGGAAAAGCAAGAGUUUUGCUCAAAAGCAGAGUAUAAUUCAACAAACGCGGCUGAUAAGUUCGGCGCCAAGCACAUCGAUUCUAUCUCUCCCAAUGCUGUGAUAAAUUUCCGGUCGAGUGCCUUUGAUUUGGACGUUGGGCGCUCAGUCCGCGAAAUGAGCAGCGUGGUAAUGACAACAGGGGGAUUCAUAAGUCCAGCUAUUGAAGGGAAGCUACCCGAAGAUAUCAUACCGGAUAUAGUUGAAAAAUUUUUAGGUUUGGAUGCACCCUUUUCACCUACGAUAAUUGUAAAUUCGUUAAAAAAAUCACCACAACUGGCGUUUUCUGACAGAGACACAACAGUAAAUCCACGAAAAGCCAUUACCUCAGAAACUAAAAUCUUCAAACAAAAUGCCUUAUUGACAAGUGGACAUUCAGAGUCUUCAAUAAUGUUAGACGCAUACAACCAUCCGAUGCUAACUGCUAGAACACCUAAGAAGAAUAAAAAACAGAAACAUGAUUUAAUAUACGAACCCGGCCAAAGCGAACUUUUAACUAAUCCGUUUGAAAAAGCCCAGGAAAAGUCCCAGCGGAAGGCUUUAAAAAUGUAUAAACAAACCUCAAAGAACCAAAGUGACACCUCAAGUAAACAAAUUCAAAACAUGAGAAAAUUAAAAAAACGUUUUAACCGAGGAUCAUUCGAUCCAAAUAAAAAACAUUUACAAAAAAUAUUUAAGAAGCAGUCCAAGCUUAAGCAAAACGAUCUUCAACUGGACAAUGACGAAAAACACUUUUUGCAGAAUUCUCAAACUACGAGCGGCCUUGCUAUAAAAGCUAACUCAGAUACUGAAAACGAUUUACAAGCGGAUAUCCCUAGUCAGCCGCCAACAGUAACAAGCCAGAUUAAAAAUAAUUUUCGAAAUUCAAUUUAUCCAGUGCAGCCAUCUGUAAUUCAACAAACGCAAGUGCUAUUGUCAGAAAAAAAAAGUGGAUCAGAACCAGAACGAAGUAAAUUGGACGUUUUUAAGAAAAUUUCUAAGCCACGUACUCCACGUCCAGAUAUAGGGGCGACUUCAAUACCUCCUGGAACCGGGGUAUCUGUAUUUGGAAGCACAAUGUCCACUCCGGCAUUAAUUAGUCUUCCAUCGGGGACUACUAUAACUCCUACGCCUUCACUUGGUUUAAAUUCUGAAAACAAAAACGUUUCGAGUAUGAAAAUCAACCCGUGCAGUAUAUUCGAUGGAACUAUACCUUUAACUAAAGAAGGCGUUGAAAUGUCAAUUAUUGAUUCGUCAAAGCCAAAAAAGCGAGGUCGCAAACCUGGAGGGAAAAAUGUAAUAAAACAAACAAAUUUUGUAUCGCAAUCUUUAAUUAAUGCGGUCGAACGAAAAAAGUCAAGUCAAGCUAUUACACUGCCUCUAUCACCAUCUCCAAUAAUAAUAUCUCAAAGUUCUUUAAACGUCUCCCCGCCAACAGAACCUCUCAACUUGUGUAAUGCCGAACAGCCCUCGAAUAAUUUUUUGUCAAACCUUUAUGCAAAAGAAAAAAAGGACAGAAAAAAGUACAAAUCGUUACCAGAAAAUGUAAUGGAAUUUGACAAAAGCUGUUCUCCUGAAAAGGCAUCAACACUGAAUAAUUCUAACCGAGCCAAAAAAUUAAAUAAUGAUGUACAAUGUUCAGAUAAAUUUGUGACUGUUUCCAAAGCUUUAUCAAAUGCAUCAAUUUACCCUGGAAUUCAAACAGGAAUGGUUCCGUUGCUUCCUCUAUUGCAAUUUCCUCCACGACCUGGUCUUAUUCCUACUGGGCCUGGGCUAUUUCCUGCAGUCACUGGUCUAGUUGGCUUCGGUAAUCACGGUAACAGAGUACCUAUUUCACCGUUCAUAGAUUAUCCUGGAACGGAAGAAUCAGUUGCGGAUACUGUUCGAUGUCUACCAAUUAAGGAAUCUCCUGUUACUGAUUCUGAUCAAUUUCUGAGCCGAUCUUCCACGCAAACUGGUUUGCAAAUGGAUCGAAACUACUGCAAUGUUGCUCCAUUUGUGCCCGACUCAAUGAAAUUCACCGAGUGUAAAAGCGUAUCUUGUGGCAGCACAAUCUUGGAAAACCCAUCUGCACAGGCCACAAGUAAAAUAAACACGAAACUGGCUAAGGAGGCUUCUGGAAAUCCUGAUGAUCCAAUAGAGGUUUCAGAUGAUUCUGAUGAAUCAUUGCACAACAGGAUGAUGGUUCAAAGAAAAACACCAAUAUCAUCACCAACUUAUGUUAAAACCAGCUUCGCAGAAUUACAUUCUUCCUCGUUAACGUCAGCUACAUCUAUAGAUGAAGAAAAAUCCAAAAUGGAUCUAAGGAAUAUUGUUUCUCUAAGCUCUAACGAACCACUUAAAAAAUUCAAAAAUCUUGUUAAACAGAGCUUUUCCGAUGUAAAAAGCGUAACCCACACGCCACCUCCACAUUCAUCAUUUCCACAAUUUAACUUGCCUAAUUUUAUGGGAGGUGACAAAUUUAGUUUAGCUGGGGGAGCAGAUCUUAUUCCUCUGUCGAGAAUGAGUGAUUCGGAAUAUUCCUCCAAAAUAGUACCAUUCAGUAGCUUAGGUGGAACCAUACCGAAUCAAAUCAAAGUUUUAGAAGACCACCAUAUUUUGUCAACCUUUUCUAACUACGAAGAUAUUACAAUAACACCAACUGGAUUAACGUCGUUGGAACCGAAAAUGCGCAAACAUCACAAAAAGCUAAAGAAGGUGAAAGAAGGGAAAAAUAAAAAAAAAAAAGAAAAAAAGGACAAAUCAAAGAAAACGGAUCAGAUUGGCUUGACAUUUUUUAAAUCCGACAGAAAAAUUAAGGCCUAUGAUAAAAAGCAAAAAAAAGAAAAGAAAAAGGAUAAAGAUAAGCAGAUUCUAGUCCAUAUACCAGAUGACACAAAAGAAUUUACCAAGGUGCCUUUAGCUAACAACGAUGAACCGGUAUUGAAAUCAAGUUCCAUGUCAAUAAGUCCAUCGUUAGGUGCCGCCACAAGUGAAAUGUCUCCAAAUCAAAUACCAAAACUAACACUGAAACUUAGUGGAAAAUCUACAUUAUUUUCGUCUUCAGAAAAGGAGAUGACAGAUGCAGGGAAACUAAAGCAAACCACGAUUUUGUCUUCAGAAAAUAAGAAGCGUGAACGGGAUAAUUCUCCGGAGCUUGCUCGUUUUUCUCCAUUGGUUACCGGCCCGCCUAAGAACAAACAAUCUGAAACACUGCAUUUAGGAAACAGUUCUACGGCAGUGUUGCCUGUACCUUCCCCAGUGGCUGUGCGCACCGUUCAACUUCCUGUUAGUCAAACCUCAUCUAAUUCUGCCGGGUGGUUAUCAAACCCUAGUCACAGUAAUGCUGCCUCUUCCACGCUUUCGGCUAGUUCAGUUUUGUUACCACAACAAUUGAUGUUGGCGCCUAAUACGAUCAUGAACAACUUUGUACCAGCCAAUUGCAACAGUACAGGAACUGUGUCAAAAGGUGGAUUAUGCAGUUCUCCAUUAAAUACAUCCGAAGAAAAUGCAAAUGCAAUGCAAAUUGCUGAAUCAAGUCGUCCAUCGUCAUAUGUUGACGCCGAGGGUAAUCGCAUUUGGAUUUGCCCCGCUUGUGGAAAGGUCGACGAUGGAUCAGCUAUGAUUGGUUGUGACGGCUGCGACGCUUGGUAUCAUUGGAUUUGUGUUGGUAUAACCUUUGCACCGAAGGACAACGACGAUUGGUUCUGUCGCAUUUGUGUAACAAAAAAAAGAUUUCACGGGUCUGAAAAAAAAAAGAGACGAAACAAGAAAAAGUGAAUUUUAAUUAGAAAUAAUUAUUUCGAGUCAACUUUGAUUAUCAUAGUUUUAUUAUUCUUUGAGUUUAUGUAUGUUUACCUUGACAACCCAUAAGUUUAUUGGUCGAGUAUCAUGUUAUUACCUUAAUAAAAUCUGCAACACAAAAAAUGUA